UCUCACACACGCACACACACACACACACACAGACAGACAGACAGCACAGAAGGACUUUGCUGGACCAAUUAUCGGCCUGGUCGUAUUUUUUCUGGGCGGCAUCUGUUCUGUGCUGUUCUCUUGUGUGCCAUGACUCAGGAGCAGCACACACACACACACACACUCACACGCACGCACUGUGAUCCAGCAGCAACUGCAGCUACAGACUAACAGUUGACGACUAACACGAACAAGUUCGCUUCAGCAUGGGCUCGUUGUGGCCUUUAUUCUGCUCCACCGUGCUGCUGUUGGUUUCACUGAGCUCAGCAUUCAGUGAUGAGCAGCGUGAAGUCACUUUUGAUCUUGACAUGCAAGAUCUAGAAGGACCAGAUCCAAUGGACAUGCUGCAGAGAGUGGUGGAGCCAGAGUUUGAUCUCUCUAAGAUCCUCAAUGGGGUUUUCAGACCGACUGCUUUGACACCAGGAGAACAUCAACCACGUCUGAACCCACGUUCCAAUGGUGGUCCUCCCAGUCUGGACUACCCCGUUCAGUUUCCUCUCGCCCGCCCGACCCUCGACAAUCUCGACGCCAUCUGUCUCCACAGUGACCGUCGUCCUCGCUACCCAGACUCUUACUUUCCUGCCUCUGGGUUUGGUCAGCUGAAGCGUAAGGCCAGUGCUGUUAAUAAGGCAGAGUCCUGGUUUGGCACAUGCUGUGAGAGGAACCAGACGAGGCAGAGGCCGAGGGAAGUGACAUUAUGUUGUGUCACAAAAGCAUGGGAGAUGUCACUCAGGUCUUUCUGUAAGGAGGAUUCAUCAGUGAAGAACCGUGUGUAUCACUGCUGCCAUAUAAGAGGCAGCAACAUGCUCGACUGCUUCAACAACAAUGCUCAAAACCCAAACUAUGAAGCAACAGAAGAGAUCCCGGUGCCACCACUGCACUCUAAUGCCAGAUUCACCUUCAACCCCAACAGUUGUCCGAGGACAGUGAUGACUCCAAGAGAAAACCGAGGAGAGGAGAAGCCUCCACCUGCUUCCCCCAAAACUAACAUCAACUUUCCUCCUGGACAACCCACUGCAGAGACCAUUGAAUCAGUGUGUCACAACCAGAAGCUGCGUCCCCUCUAUAGUAUGUGCCUGUCAGGUUCUGGCUAUGAGUUGUUGUCACGUCAGGCGAAGACCGUUAAUCGCAUUGAGAGGGGAUUCAAACUGUGCUGCAAGAAGAAGAAGAAAGAAGUGCUUAACUGUGCCCAACACAAGUGGCAUGAUGAGCUUAACAAGUUUUGCUCAAUUAAGAAGGGUGGAAAGCUUGAUUUCCACUGCUGUUUGAAUGGUGACGAAUAUAAUCAACACACCUGCUUCCAAAACAUUUCCCCUGACCCUUACUAUAAUAAGACCACAGAGGAUGUCACUCUUGACAAAAUCUGUGCCACUCACAAGAUCAUCAAGAAGAAAUUCCCUGUGGGUGUUCCUCUCAAAGGCUUUGUUGAUCAAUGCUGCCCCCUGUCGGAAGAAGAGCUCAGCAUUUGCACCAUGCAAAAGCUUAAGGAAGUGUCAAGCUCUGUGUGUUCCUCUGGAAGAGCCUCUUCUCCAGCUGUCCGUCGCUGUUGCCGCAUGCCUGCGCAAGAAAUCCCCCAGUGUGUCUCUAAACUUCUCUUGGAUGCCAUCAGCAAAGCAACUAAACUCUCACAGAAGAGGAGGAAGAAAAUUUGCCCAAUCUCCUAAAAUCCUUUGCUUCUGACCCGAGUGGCUUUGGGCCAUUCAGGGAAAUGGUGUAUGCUUGCAGCAGAGGUUGCAUCCAGUCAUUCAACAGAAAAAUGAAUGAAUUGUGGACCAUUUUCUCGCUUCAUCUGCAACAUAUUAUAGUCUGAGUUCACUUAAGAAUUAUUACAAGCAUUGAUGCAUGUUUGUGUUCAAAUGCUUUAUUAAAUGCAGAGUUUAAAAACAUCCAUACCAAUUAAUGUCAUGGUAUCACUGUAUUAUAGGAAGUUUUUGUAUGCAUUUGAUCAUGUUGCUGUAAUUCAUGGUCAAUAUGUAAAAUGUGCCUCUUAGGUGGAAUUUGGAAUAAAUAAAUUUACUUAAAA